UUUGUAGCCGACGACUGGCUUUGCUUAAAACGAUCCUCCCCGAUGAAUUGGUCUCGUGAACUCAACUCCUCAGAAUUGUUUGCCUACCGAGAAAUUUUUGAAGGGGAAGACAAGGCGAUCCAUUGCUUCGACGACCUUCCCACCGAAGUCCCACCGAGCUCUCUUGGCUUCCUUUUUUCCUUUUUUAUAACCAAAAUUUGAUUUUUCGACAGCAAGAGUGGUUUGCAUGUUGAAGGACAAGCUCAAGAAUUGAUUUUUUUUUGUUCUUUUUCAUCAUUCAGAAGGGUAAAGCGGCUAGGGUUUUUGGCUGACAUUGAUGGCCCUGCCGUGGAGCUUGGCCAUAUACGUGAUGCACGUGGUUUGGGCAGUUCUCAAUGGGUGGGUGUCCACUUGUUUGAUGAUUGCCGACGAGAUCGCACGCGGUCUCAGGUCCGGCGAUAUCGGUCCGCUGCCUGUUGGUUGACGCCGCCGAGGUGAAAGAUAAACGUUUAAGAUCUAUCAUACGCCAAUACAUGUUUAUGUGAUUUAUACAAGUGAUGCUUGGUGACUACCUGAUUCCUGAUCUUCAGUACCAUCAGUUUAUGUAUGUGUAUGACUUAGGUAUGCUAAUUCAUCUUAUUUGUAAUUAAAUGUGAAACACCUUUCAUUGUCAUAUCUUUAUUAUCAGAAAAAAUGCAUGUGUCCCAGGGAAAUUGAACCACUGUACAGGUGGGAGGUGAGGACCGUGAGGUCACCAAGUCAUCAGUGUAUAUACUGAGAAGGUUUUUUUAGAGCAGCUAAUAGUACUCACCUUUAGCUUCACAUUCUUUCUAAUGAUACAUGUCGUCAAUUGCAUUAGCUUGUAUUUUCCUCUUCUUGUAUUUCUUUGUGUGUGAGCUUGUACAAGGCUUUUCUGUCUCCGGAUUGUUUUCGAGGAGUGUUUCAUAGUGGAGAGUGUGCAUGAGGGUUGGAUCCUUGGAUUAGUCACCUCUCCUUGAGGUGGAUACCAAGUAAAUUCAUCUUGUUAGCAUUGGGGGGCUUUGCGUCAAGUUUAUCCGCUGCACAUCAUCAUCAACAAAAGCGCGAGAAGCUAUUCACCCAUAUCUAGCUCCGAAGUGACCCAACAAUCUUGUCUUAGAAGGAAAUGGAAACUGUGGCUAUAAAAGAAAAUGCCAUGAGAUUCAAGAUUAGAUUCCAUAUAUAGUUAGCUUUUCAAUUGUUUAUCUGCAUUAGAAAUCAACUUUUCCUGUCACUCUUCUACUAAGUUUCCAGAGAAUGGAUUUAUUUAAUGGAUUAACAAGUAGAGCCAUUCAUGAAUAGUAGAAGUUGUUUCUAGAUACAAUGGAUUUACUAAAUGAAUAAACCAGUGAGAAAUAUUCGUGAAUAAUCAAACUUUUAUUUGCCUUGGGAUUUUUGUGAGCUCAAGUUACAAAGGAGAAUCACUAUCAAAAUAAGAAGAAUUUAUCUAUUUAAAAAUGUAGAUUAUUGGCCAUACAGGAAUUGUUUUGACUUUGUAGCUUGAUUUGGCAUAUUGCCGAUUCUGUUUUUAUUUCAUAUCUAGGACUCUAGGAGGUUGGUUUGUGGCACAACUUUUGUAACUCCAUGGUCCUCAGAUGAAUUGGCAAGUGACUAGUAAGAUCCAAAACUAGAAAUGUGAAUAUUUGCUAGCAAAAACAUAAUGGAGGCGCCGGUCAAUAUAAAUUCAACCCAAUUUUUCUCAUGCAAAUUUUGUUUCAGAUCUACAUGUACCUAAGAAUUGUAUCAAAUCAGUUUUUCAAGGAAUGGUUAGGAUUGUAACUUCAACUAUGGAAUUCAAAGGGUUCAAAUAAGAAAUGAUACUCUAAAAUCUAAAUCAUACACCUGACUACAAUGAAAUAUAGAAUCAAUUAUCAUAUAUCCAAUUUGAAGAAGAGGAAGAAGAAAUGGUCUGAUCCUCUUAUUUCUUAAAGUGAGAGAUCAAUGACUUGGGAUUACUAGGGUUCAAAUGGAUAUUUACCUUGGAUAGUUAGAUAAGAACCAAAGAUAAACAAAUAAAUAAAUAAUGCCACUACUACAUAAACAAAUAGUCCUAUUUGGUAAGCAUAUUCAAACCAUCUUAAUCUAUUAUCCCAUUUUAGUUUAUACCAGUCCAGUAUGGUAGACAAUACAAUAUUUGUUUGUGUCACACCGACAUACUAGUUUAUCAGCAACUAUUAUGGUUAAUUUGUUAAAAAAAUUUCUCUAUAUUGAUGAUUCAACCAUCAGAAAUAAGCAUAAUUUGAUGAUUUGUAUGAUUAAUAUUUGUAUUCUUCAUACGGUUAUA